AAUCAAACUCUACUCUAACUCUAUUUAAACUCUUUAAACUGGUGUUGUGCAGCCCAGAAGUGUGUGGCAGAGAUAACUGUGUUAUUCGCGCGCUCAGCGUUUGUUCGGCUGAUUUGCGCGUCAGAUGCAGCGCUUUAUGGCGUUAUUUUUGAUGUCGGAUUAUAUUAUUAUUAUUUUUAUGUCGGACUCGGAUCAUAUUAAACAUCACGCGAUUCAAUAAUUCAACGCGAGCCUCAAAACUGACCCGUCGUCGUGCCGUUCUCUCGGUCUCCGGAGGAGCGUCCGCCGCUGUCGCCAUGGAGACGGGGGAUUUUACUGGCAUUUCAGAAUAAACCAAUCAUAUGACUGAGAUGUCUGUGAGCCGAGCUCCUGAUGAUGAUGAUGAUCUUCAUCACUCCUCUCUCCCGGCUCUCGCUCGCUCAUGGCCCUCUUCUCCCCUCUCUCUGCUCUCCUCCUCUCGUCAGGUGACCUCUGACCUCUACAGCUCCUUACAGCACAGCCGACAGCAGGAGGUCAGAGGUCACGCCGCCAGGCAGGUGUCGUUCGCCCUCUCCUCUCCUGACCUCACUGCUCUCCGGGCCACCGUAGACACGCCCCCUCUCCUCUCUCAUAGGCUGGAGGACUGCAGUCUGGACUCCGCCUCCUGCCGUGAUGUGAUUGGCUCAGGAGUGGAGGGGGAGGAGUCAGAGGAGCUGUCGAGCGGCAGGAGGUACAUAGAGGAGAUGGAGAGUGUAAGGACACACUUACAGUCCAUACUGAGACCAAAACCAACCACUGCGGACAGACACGGUUUUCUGACCCCUGUGUCGCAUCACUUCCUGGAUGAUUCACACGACAGCGACAACACGUCACACCUGCUCAGCGCGGGCUGUGUGCAGGAGCUGUUCCCGAGGUAUUCUCGUGUGUGUGUGGACUCGAGCGGCGCUGCUGAACUGCAGGUGUUGAGAGAGAGUCUGCAGAGAGAGAGAGAGCGCAGGAAGGUGUGUGAGCAGCAGGUGGCGUCUCUCCACAGUAAAGUUCUGCAGUUUCAGCAACAGUUGACACUCGCUGUGGCCGCCGACCGCAAGAAAGACAUCAUGAUUGAACAACUCGACAAGACGCUGGUGAAGGUGGUCGAGGGCUGGAAGAGACACGAUCGGGAGCAGAGCGAGGAGAUGAAGAGCCUGCGGGAGGAGAAGGAGGCGGCACAGAGAACACACAACAGACUCACACAGGCUCUGUCUCGAGUCGAGGAGAAUCUCUCUCAGGUUGAAGAAACUCUAAACAAGGAGCAGAAACACAACCAGGAGCUGCAGAAGACCAACAAACAACUGGAGCUGCAGGUGUGUGAUCUGCGUGUGUGUGUGGAGGAUCUCCAGCGGGAGGAGCAGAAGCUGCGCAGAGACCGAGAGCAGCUACACACACUCCAGACGCAGACACACAACACACACACACAACUACAGCAACACACACAGCAGCUACAGCAACAACUGCAGGAGAUACAGCAGCAGCUGCACACACAGAGGGAGCGGGUGAAACAGGAAGUGUGUGGUCGUGAGGAGGCGGAGCACAGGAAGCAGAAGCUACAGGAAGAGCUGGACAGGAGCAGGAGCGAGAGAGACGCACUGAUGGUGGAGCGAGCGAUGGAGCAGACGCGGUUUGAGGCGCAGAAGUCUCAGAUGGAGGCGGAGUUUCGUCUGUCGCUGGAACAGCAGCUCACUGAAAAACUGACCGCUCUACAGGAGGACAACGCCACACACAACACACAACUACAGCAACAACACAGGAAGCAGUUGUUGGAUCUGAGUGCGCGGCACGAGCGAGAGCUGGCAGGUCAACUGGAUCAGUUCACAACACAGUUACAGGAGCGAGACGACACACUGCAGCAGCUCACACACACUUACCAACACAAACUGUCAGAGAUGGAGGAGGAGCUUGUCUCCAUGGCGGUGUGUAAAAGGAAGCUGGAGACUCAGAGGGAGGAGCUUGUGUCCCGCCUGCAGGGAAUGAUGCGCUCCCAUUGGGCGGAGGCUUUGAGGCUGUUGACCAAUCAGGAGCAGAUGGAGAGUGUCCUGUCGCCCGUCCGUCAGUGGGAAACGCCCACAUCUUCCUCUUCUCCUCCUCAGAGUGACACACACGUGUCAGCAGCUCCUCAGGCCGUGGUUCUGCGCCUGUCCCGAGAGAAGGAGCGAGAGACCAGUGUGAUGAACUGCAGCUCUGCUUUCUCUCCGCUGGAGCCUCAGCUGGAGCACAGCCAUCUCACCGGUCUCAGUGACUGCAGUGCAUUGUGGUUCAAGCCUGGGUUUACAGAAGAAGAGACGAGAGAAACUCAAACCAACCUGAACCUGAAGCUAAGCCACGCCCCCACAGACACCUGGACCAAUCACAGCUCCGGCGCAGACAGGGGGCAGGACAGGGGUGGGGCUUCUGGGCGGAUGGACUGUAGCGAUGCAGAGAAGGCCACACCCAUCAGAGAUCAAGCCCCACCCACUAGAUAUGAAGCUCCACCCAGUAGAUACAAAGCUCCGCCCAUAAUAGACAAAGCCCUGCCUGUCAGACAUGUUGAUCUGCCCAUCAGAGAGGAAGCCCCGCCCAUCACACGUGUAGCUCCACCCAUCAUAGAUGAAGCCCCGCCCAACAGGACUAGAGUUUCCUCUCGUAAUGAAGACCGACAGAGUGAGCUGCAGUAUUACGUGUCAAAGCUACUGGAGCGUUCCCCCGGCGACCCCCUGGACGAGCCAAUCAGAGAGCAGCGUGGGGCCGAAUCAGCUGACGAGCAGAAGCCAGACGAGCUCGCCAAACCAGAGGCGCGUGCCUCGUCUCGUCUCGCUCAGAGCCGAAGAUCUUCCGGCCGCAGAGGAGGAUCUCACCGAGUCUGGAGAUAAUCUUCAUCAUUUUACUCAUUUAUUUAUGUGCUUUAUAAUAUUUCAAAUAAAAACUCAUUCUUAAA